AUGUGUGAAGGCCUUUACACUGUGAUCUAACCUAACCUAACCCGACCUAACCUAACUUAUUGUUAACUCGCGGAGCUUGAUCUCGCGGCCAUUGCACUGCAUUGCAUUCCCGACGGUAGUUUUGACAGUAGAAUCGCGAGUUUCGCGUGCACUUUCGGGAUCAUGAACGUAGAAAACGAGAAGGACCCACUGGAGCCGUCGCGGUGUUUCAUCUGCAACGACGAGAUCCGAAACCGCUUCUACUGCCUGGCCACAUGCAGAACGCAAAACUCGGGGACCAGGGUAAUCAAGAAGCUCGGGGAAUUGGUUGGCGAGAGGUACAUGAUCGUGAUAUCCGAGGACGACGUCAUCUGUCGCUCGUGCGCUAAUCUUAUCAACGCCCUGGACCGGCUGGAGACGGAAAUGCACAAGACGCGGGAUCACAUUCUGCUCUUCCUGGAGCAGAAGUACUCGCUGGAGAACGGGGAGCUUCGCGGCGACGCGCCGAAGCCGAGUCAACCGCCACAGAUCACGAGGUCCAAAACGAAAAGCGCCUACGUAAACAGUAACCAGCAGAACGAGAGCGAUCCAGGCCCGGAUGACUCGCUGGCGAAGAGCUCGUACGACUGGCUGCAGUGCGACCGGUGCAAGUACACCACGUGUUCCAAGUCCUUCAUGGUGCACCACAUGAGAGAUCACAUCAAGCAGAGGUCAAUCUGCGAAGACUGCGGUCAGUACGUCACCGAGAACCAGGGGGACCAGAGACACUGUUGUAGGGCGGAUGACUUGGGGAACAAGGAGAACGAGGCAGGCAAUUCCGGUGCCACUGUCAAGAGUGAGGCGGGGGUAGGGACGGCACUUUCGAACAAGCAAGUUCGACUGAUCUUGCCCGUUACGCAAACGACCCCGCCGCCACUGAUUGGUAUAUCGAAUUAUUCCGAUCACCUGUAUCUCCCGUUAUUACUGGGUGACUCCGCAUCUUCUUCCCAGCAAUUAACGUUGUCGUCUCAGCAAUUGAUAUACGCUCCGCAGCCGAUCAAUACGGUUGACAAUAUCGUUGACAAUUCGAGGAAAAGUACGAGAUUACCCACAAAUCCUGCGCAGGAAACGACAGCGGAAAACGGAAAUAGAAGGCACGUGUUGACUGUGAAGGAGGAUGGAAGUUUGCAAAUGGUCGAGAUAAUGCCCGAGACGGGGACAAGAACGCCAAAUAUCAAAGACAGCGUUCAAAUAGCUAUUAGUUAGAGAGCAGUUAGCGUCAUUUCAGCAUUUUUAUAUCCCAUUGCUCUUGAACCUUGCGUCCACAGUACCAGAGGUCGGUCCGAGAUCCGAUAAGUGAUAUAGCCAAGCAGCUUUUCUGUAACGAAUACAAAUUGGCCACAUAAUUCUCGGAUCGAGAUCUUGGACGAAUUUUUAACAUCGUGGACGCAAGGCUUUACAGAGUGUACCUGUUAACAAAUCCAGAAUGGAUUGCAAUACAUUAAAACUUAUCUUAACUCUAAUGUGAUACGUGAAGCAACGUCAUGCGAGUAUUUUCUGCACUCGCACAUCACCGCGGAUGCCAAUUGCAUUAAUCAAAGAUAAAUGAACUCGAUCGCAGAAAUCAUACCUAUUUUUUUCAACGAGUGAUAGAAAUGCAUUAAUGUAUUGUAAAAGCGCGAACCGCACUGCCCGCAUAUCUAUCAAAUUAUCAUAAAGAUUGGUAUUUAAAUUAUCAAAGAAAAUAUAAUGACUACUAUAUGACACGUGCGGUUUAGGAUUUGCCCUUUGAAAAAUCGUUAUUAAAAGAGCAAGAAUCGAUUUUAGCAAAAAAUAAUAUUUCUAUAAAAUUCAGUUGCUCCUGUAUUAUCUUUUUUACGAUAUUAAUUGACAAUCUCGAUUAGUCGCGUGUUAUUUUAUGAGUGGCAGUCAUCGUAUGUAUUUUGAGCGAAAUAAAUUCGAAUAACGCCAUGUUUUGUUGGGCGAGUUGUCCAA